AUGUUGGCGAUGGAUGUUUCGACUCAGGUACCGCCGGCGGUGGACGAAGCUCAAGUAAUGGUUGCGGAUGUCAUUAGGGACUGUUUCCACAGUCGGACAGAUGAAGUGCGGGGAUCGCCUAAACUGUUCCGGCAAGCCAUGAACGUCUUGGAGUUCACAAUUUUGAGUCAGGUGCACCAGAAACCGGCUGGCAGCGAGCGUUAUUGUACAUGGCGUUGGGCGCGUCUUGCAGGCGAGUUAUAUCGGAGGCUCGACCGAGGUCGGGUGCUGACAUUGCUUAAAGAGUGUGAGCCGCACUUCCGGCGGCCGCCGCUCAUCAGUGACCAGUGGUACUUGGCUAAGUUGCUGCAGCAAUGGAUGCCGCAUAUGCGCGUAGCCAGGCUUUUGAAGUGCAUCAAUCUUCCAUCCGAUCGGGGGUUCAAAUCCGCCCUGGUUCUGGACGACGUGGCCGUGGGGCGCUGCUUCACGGGACUCCCCGCCGUGAACGAGUCCGACGAGCAGCUCAUCUGGACCUUCUGCCACGCUGUCGGAUGGCUGCUCAAAUCGCAUGGAGGCGAAUACGACUACGAGACCUUGGCAAGUAGCGGCUACUGGAUAGGCCCCGACGAGCAGUACGCCGAACUGGCUGGCUAUCUUUACAAACUCUGGGGCCCGGCACGCUCUGCAAAAUUCGCUAACCUCUGCAGAACGCUGCUUCCACAACACAUUCCCCUCGCCAACUUGCCAGACCCACGACUGUUUACGCUUGUGGUCAAAGCCAUGGCCGGGGUCUCCUUACACGCCUACAGGACACUUCGGUCCCAAUGCGGAUUCUACUGCCCCACACCGGUCGGCGGGCGACCCAGAGCGAGACCCGUGGCUUCUGAGGAGAACGCCGCGGCUCGAAAGAAGAACGCCGUGGCUCUGGUCCAGGAGGCCGUGGUCCAGACGGCUCUGGUUCAGGAGGCCGUGACCCAGACGGCCGUGGCUCAGAAGGCCGUGGUCCAGACGGCCGU